UCCACCAAAAUUAUGCAUUUUAAGCAUCAUCUUGAUGCAAUUUAUAUUUUUAUUAAAUAUGUGUAUCAAUAAUUAAGGCUACAAUUUUGUCAUGGAGUAAACAGAAAUCGUGAGUUUGAAUAAAGUCUGAAAUCAUGAAAAUGGAUGUAAAAACACAUUUGAUUGUGCACUUCCUUUAUUGCCUGCAGUGUGUCAUGCACUGAAAAUACAAAUCUGCGAGUAUCUGUAAAUUGUUUGGUUGUGUAUGCAUGCAGUAUUUCCGUGUAGCUAUGUAGGUCCGCGAGUGAGAUAGCUGAGUGAGCAAGCAUGUAAAUGGGUGACAGCUAAAAUACAAAAAAAUUGUGACUGAGCUGUUUUCUGUAAAGACAAAAGAACAAAUUGAUCGGAGAACAGAAGUUUACCGACUUACAGAGGCUUUCUUUACAACAUGCUGUUUCAGAAUCGUGGAAAACUCCACUAGCUUCACUAUUUGCUGAACAAAGGACGCAUCCCAUCGCAGCCCUUUUGACUGCACAAAGAGAUCGCAGCUGUUCAUACUUUUAAAUACAGACUGCAUUUAUGAAAUUGGAUACAUUGACAUUUAAGUAGAUGUGCUGAGUUUGUACCUCUUAUACAAGAGGUUUUUAAAAAAAAAAAAAAAUCAAAGGGAUGUUGUUGGUAUAUCUGUCCUCUCAAUAACAGAGAACCUGAAAGGGAGAAUUUCAAACAUUAAUUAGAGAUAUUUUAAGUAUUUUAGAAUAACAGGUGAAAGGUUUGAUAAUCUGUUAAGGCUGUACGGCUUUCCAAAAAAGACUCACAUUGCAAGAUUACGUAAUUCCAAUUUGUUGCACAGGGUCGGAGACCCUCGACUCCAACCAGAAAUUAUGUUGGAGUCUGAAGUAUGUACUGUAAGUUUUGUACUCUAUUUAAACUUGUCAGUAGUCAAAAGCAGUAGUCUUUAUAUUAUUGGUUUUGGUGUACUAUUUAAAAGCUCUUGUGUAUGCUGAUGUAGAUAAAACUACAUUAUUUGUACCUGUGAAUUUUUUGGUGACCUGUGAAUUUUUUUUUUUUUUUGCUGCACUCCGCCCGUGAAAUUGUAGCCUUAUCAAUGAUGUGUUACCUAUUUGUGACAACGUCUAAAUUGCUAGAAAAAUAGACAACCUAUUGCUCGAAUGUUAUGUUGUAUAUUAUUUUUUACUGCAGAAAAGUGGUUGUGAAUGUGUAACAGCUUAACGAGACCUUGGAGAAGUAAAACCCCCGCCCACCCCCCGUUAUCACAAUUUUAGACCACAAUAGAGCCAGUGUUCAUAGUGGCCUGGAAAAGCUUGAAAAGCCUUGAUUUUUAUAUACUAAUUUUCAAGGCCUUGAAUAGCUUUAAAUUUGGCUCAUUUCUCUUACCGGUCUAGAAAAAGCCUUGGAAAUCUAAAUCUCGGAAGCAUUGUCAUUGUACAGCAUCUUUCUCUGUAAAAUAUUCUUGAAUAGAAGCAGUGAAGUCAUAGAUGGUUUUCCAUGAGAGUGAAGCAACAAAGCAUCACUCUCUGAGACGUUCUGACACACUGUACUGAAAGACAUCAACUUGCAUUACAGACAUCAUCAACAGGAAAAAUAAGUGGGCUGAGCUACCCACUGCACAGGAAACUCAUACUAAUUUAUUUUAGUACAAAAAGUAAAAAAAAAGAAUAAUUUGUAAUCUAGUAAUGUCACCCCCUGGAAACCUUUCAGCGUUCUCAUAAAAAAAAAAAAAAAUUCCCAGAAAUGUACUCAUAGUUUUUUGUAAUAGUUUCAUUCUUAUUUGCAUACGGUGUUAUACUUGUAUAUGGCAAUUGUUUUAAAUACGGUAUAAUACAUAAAUCAUAAAAUCCUUGUAUGAAUGUUUUCUUAGUAAAUUAGCAUGUAUUGGGCCAUUUUGAUAAAGCAUUCACCUGAAGCAUUCAAUACUAUCUUUGCACACUUCAUUGUAUCUACUGUGAGCUUUUUGAUUGACUUAUUUUAGCAUAAAAGUUUUGAAUUAUUUCUAUAAAAAAGGUAAACUCACUUUUGAAUGUGAUCCACUGUCUUAAAAUAAGUGAAAAAUCACAUUUAAAUGCAGUAUUUAGGUCAGGAGAACAAUAAAUAAAGAAUCAAAUUGCUUUUUUUUCUUGGCCCUUACCUUUUGAUUACAGUUUCAUUUCUGAUCUUGUGUAAUCCAGCUCUGAUGUACUGUUCCUUGUACUGCAUGCCCUAUUCUGUUUAGCCUGCGUAAUAUACAGAAACAGGAAACUCUGGUUAGUACCUAACCAUUCAACUGAAGUAUUCACACCUACUGAAUAAAGAACAACGGAGGCUGCAAUCAUGGAUUAUCUGUUGCUGGUUAUGAUUCUUUUCCGUUUACACCAAGGUGCAACAUUGACAGCAGACACAACUGUAAAGAUGGAGCAAAACCUAACAUUGAAAUGCGAGUGCCCUUGGUCAGGUAAUCUGAGCCAGAUUAACUGGGAAAGAAAGUCAGACUCUAAAAAAGAACUGGUUGCUGUUUAUCAUAAACAACAUGGCUUGAAAUUAUUCAACAAAUACGAAGGAAGAAUUGUGUUCCUUAAUUCAUCGUCAAUGGAUGGGAGCAUCACUAUCAUAAAUGCCUCAGCUGAAGAUCUAGGUCUUUAUCAAUGCUCUAUACAAACAUUUCCAAAAGGAUCAUGGACAAAACAUCUCCUGGUGGAGAAUUCAGAUGGAUUUGAUAACAGGAAGCCUGAUUCUGAUGAGCUAGUAGAGAAAGGUCAUCAUUUCAUGCUAAGAUGCCACUAUUUUCUGAAUGGAACCGUUUACCGUGUGACCAUUGAAAGGAUUGGAGAGAAACAUAAAGACACAAUAGCUCUCUGCAGUUUCCCUGAUGGAAAAAUCAUUGGACCCGAUUAUGAAGAACGGACACUGGUAAACUGCAGCAGAGCACUAAAUAUCAACCUGCUGUUGAUGAAUAUAAGCAUUAACGAUGAAGGGGUUUACCGGUGUCACUUCAGCACUGACCGGGGAAACCACACAACAACUAUAUCUUUGAGUGUGAGAAAAGAAAUAAAUGAGUUUAUGAAAAUAAUACUCAUCUAUGUUGGAGCUGGAGCUGGCGGGUUGGUUGUUUUCACAGUGACCAUCAUUGCUAUAGUGGUGGUGUGUCAGAAAAGGAGGCGGAAGAAAAGAAUGAGAAAUAGAGCCAAGCUAGAUGUUCCAAAAAGACGGCAAAUAAACAACUACGAACAUGCAGCUGUCUAUGACAGAAUGACAAAACCCCCAAGUCGUCAAAACAAAGAGGACAUUUAUGUCAAUUUUCAGAAACCUCCACAUCGGACAAAGAAGAAAACAUGAGUUUGCUGACUGUGUAACUUUUUACCCACAGUAUAUAAAACACAUCCAUCAUGCAUCUUUGCCAGUUGUAUUGAACUGUCUAGUUGAUUGCUUUCAUUCGUAAGAGGUUGUGUAUGUUUAUUUGUGGACAAAACAUUCCCCAAACCAUAUUUGUGUAUACAGAAAUACAAAAUAAAAAGCAAGAAAUCUGUUAAAAUGACAUGUCAGCAGGAUGUAGUAAAACACCAAUACAGUACUUAUUAAGAAAACACGUGUUAAACAGCAUUUAGACAGAUUAGGCUGUGUUUACCCUUGUACAUUUUACCAGUUUACCACUGUACAUGUGCACAGUAAUUCUACAGCUUCCCCAUGCUUUUCCAAUGGCUAUACUAUCCAUUUAUCAUAGUCUAAUAUAGUUUGCCGUGUUUCUUAAUAUACUAUACCAUACCUGUCUGGGCUUUGCAGUGUUUACCUAAGCUUUCAAUAUGCUUUAUUACGCUUUUCUAUUCUUUUAAUAUUGGAAACUUUUAUAAUGGAAAAAUGAAAAGAAAUCCAGUUGUAGAUUUCAGGUUUUAUUUACUGGCUGUCUGACUGUUGCAUGGACAAGAUAAAAGGGGUAGCCAGUGUGGUCCAAUCAAUGGGCACCCAGCUCUGAGCCAAAGUCUUAAAGAUAGUGUUCUACUGAUAUGUAGAACUCACUUAUACUUAGAAUAGCUCUUAUCUCUUAGAAUAUCUAUAGAUUUAAUGAGUCUAAAUUGUUACAACAUUGGAUCACAGCACAGAUUUCGUAUCUUGAAUAUUACUGCAAGAUUAAUGUAAUCCAGCUGUGUCUAACAAAUAACCAUAGAACAGUGAAUGGUGGUUUAUUGCUAUUUUUUUUUUUUUUAAUUGCACUUAAAAUAUUAUUUUGUAUUGUAAAUACAUAUGUACAGUAUAUAUACUGCAUAUAUAUACAUCCUAACAUAGUUCCAGUUUGUUAUAGUUCUUCCUUAAGUGUUACUAUAUA